AUGGCGCCUAGAACAACAGUAAACUAUUAUGAUCCUGAGGAUAAGACAGUGGAUACAGUCAACACUGAAAAGUUACCAAGUUGUUUCAGGGAAGUGGACUCCUUGCAACAGAAGAUUGCAGAAUGCGAGAAGAGGAAUGCCAAAUCACGGGAAAGCCGGAGCUUUUAUAUUUUUAAGCGAUACUUGAAUAAGAUUCUAAAUGAAGCUGGAAAACUUGGCCUUCCUGAGGAAGACAUGGACCGUGUGCACUACGAUGCUGAGAUCAUCCUUACAAAACAGACGUAUUUGGAAAUCCUCAGGUUUCUCAAUGAGGAAACGUGGCAGUCAGGGGCUGUGGAUGAUGCCCUUAGUGACAUUUUGAUCAAUUUUAAGCACCAUGAUGGUAAAGCUUGGCAUUGGAGCUUUGAAGACACUUUUGGAAUUGAUUUAUGUAAUAUGUUUAUGAUACUCUUGUGCUUAGUGUGCAUUGUGAUUUUAAUAGCUACGGAGCUGUGGACACGUAUUCAUUGGUUUGUUCAGCUGAAACGUGUUUUAUUAAUAAGCUUUCUCAUCAGUUUUGCAUGGAACUGGCUUUACUUAUAUAAACUGGCCUUCGCGCAACACCAAGCAGAAAUUGCUAAAAUGGAGCAGUUUGAUAACGUCUGUGCUGAGAAAUUGGACUGGAGGGAGAGCCUUAUUGAAUGGCUCAGAAGUAAGUGGACGUUUCAGGAUGAUCCCUGCCAGAAGUACUAUGAAACACUACUAGUGAAUCCUGUUCUGCUGGUUCCACCAACAAAGGCAUUGGCUAUUACUUUCACCAACUUUGUAACUGAGCCUUUGAAGCACGUGGGACAAGGCAUUGGAGAAUUCAUCAAGGCGCUUAUGAAGGAGAUACCACUGAUUCUGCAGAUUCCAGUGCUAAUUAUUAUGGCUCUGGCUGUCCUGGCUUUCUGCUAUGGUGCAGGAUCAUCCGUGCCUAUCAUAAGAUAUAUAACGUCUUCUCAGAGGAGGACGCUUCCUCCACCUGACAGUCAACAGGAGAAAAUAGACUUUGGGCGAUAUGAUGGGAGUACCUCGGAUGGCUGUUAUUCACAGAAGAUUCCUUACGUUUAUAGAGGAGCUUAUGACAGAGGAGAUGCUCAGCUGAGACCUGGAAAUGGCAGCAGAAACCCUGACAUGUUGCAUGCAAGCAGUGAGCCAGACGCGCAAGUAGAAGAGUCUCAAAAAACAGCCCCUGCUAAGAGAUUGCACACUGAGUCUGAAGUCUGUAGAGUAGAAACUGCCCCGGCUACAACAGUUACUGAAGAACAUGCAGUGGAACAGCAAAAACCAUCGACAGGCAAAGCAGAGCAAGAGACUGGCGAAAACUGCGAUCCUAAUAAAAACCUAGAAGGAGCAAGUUCUACAGUGGGGCCACUUGAAGAGAAGAAAAAGAGCAGUACAUGUGACACCCAGGAAGGAGGAGACUGAGGAACCCGCAGCCUCUGCUUUGGAGUAGAGGAUGUUGCUACUGAAGCAGCUGAGAAUCUGUUCUUCUCCUGGAAGUAGCAUCUCUGAUCAUCCAUCCUGUUACUCUGGAAUCGACUCAGCAGAUCAAAGAAUCCUUCAUCUGCCAUUGUCUCGCGACUGUUUCUCUGGAGAGGAGAGAAAAAAUAGAGGUACUUUGAACUCACAGGUACCUAAAACCAGGACAACUGUGUGGCAGUUUCAUUCCAGUAAUGUGUUUGAUAACUGAAAUCCAGUAAGCUAAUUUUUUUUAGUCAUCCAUUUCUAUAGACAGAGAUUUAGCCUAAUAAGAAAUGCUAAUAAUAUGGCAAACACUUCUGGAAGGUAAAUCUAUUAGAAACAUUUUGUUCUCUGAAACACAACAAAAUAUUACUCUUAUCAGUACAAAUGGAGUAACUCCUCCUCAGCCACUAAUCAACCAGCAACCCAAAUAGAUGCCCAUGAAAGAGAAAACAAGAACAACAGCAAUGAACAAUAUCCAUUUGCUCCUUAGGUCUGUGGUCAAAAGCUGUCUUCUCUUACCAAGAUCAAAUGACUUUUUUUUUCUUAAACUGAUUUCUGUGAAGAGUGCAAUAACCUAAAAAAAUGUCAAAUAUCUUCCGCUA